GCAGACAAGGGCUCCACGAUUGCUGCAAUCCUUAUUUUCUGCAAUCGGUGAUCUCUAUUUGUACAAGUUCUCUCAGGUAUUGUUUGGCAACCAUGUUGCAAAAUGGGCAGUAUCCUUGCGUUGCUAUAUGCCAUUUUCUUUCCUACUCUUUCUUCUCUUCUCCCAUUAAUACCACCUUCUGUUUUUUAAUUGGUAAAUUUUGUACAGUUUGUACCUACUCUUCUUUGAUUGGUUAAAUCGAUAGCUUCGUAUAUUAUUGCAACUGAUGAUGAUUAUGAAGCACUUAACUCAAUAUCAGCUCUUUGCACAGUUGGUAAACUGGUUUAUGCUUUUUUGCAUCACACGUACUUUAGCUAAUAGUAUGGAGACUGUCCUCACACUCGUGAGCUUGUACUAUUGGCCCUCCUUGCGAAGGCCUUCCGGAAGUGUUUCUUCUGGUUCAAGAAAGUUGGCAUUGGCUGCAGCAGCACUAGCAUGUGCUAUUCGACCAACAAGUGCUAUAACAUGGGUUUAUGUUGCCCUGCUAGAACUAUACUUGACAUGUGAUAAGCUCAAAUUCAUUCUUCUUGAAGCGGUUCCUAUUGGGGGUCUGGUACUUGGUCUCACUUCUCUGUUGGAUCGUUUGAUGUACGGCUCAUGGGUCCUUGUUCCUCUAAACUUUCUGAAGUUUAAUUUCCUUUCUUCUGGUGGAGACUAUUAUGGAACUCAUGCUUGGCACUGGUACAUCACCCAGGGAUUCACGGCCAUGCUCUUCACGUUCAUACCAUUUUCAAUUUCUGGCAUUAUCAUGUCUAAGCAAUGGAAGCUUUCGGGGUUGAUUGCCUGGGUUUUAGGAAUUUAUAGUCUAAUAGGCCACAAAGAAUUCAGGUUUGUCCUUCCUGUGCUUCCAAUUGCUUUGAUGUUUGCUGGGUUUGCAUUAGCCAAAAUGAGGGGGUCUGAUCCGUUAGAAAGCAAAAUGAAAGAAAAUUUGGGCAGUAAUAUAAAUUGCUUCACAAAAGUACGCCUGUCUAUGUUUUUCCUGCUUGUUACCAAUCUCCCAAUGGCCUUAUACAUGAACAUGGUCCAUCAGAGGGGAACUGAGGAUGUCAUGAACUAUCUCUCCGUAGAGGCUGCUAAUAAUAAAGUGGAAAGUAUCCUUUUCUUGAUGCCUUGCCAUGCUACACCUUACUACUCAACCCUGCACCGUAACCUUCCUAUGCGUUUCCUGGAUUGUACACCAAGUGAAGAGAAAGGGAUCCUGGAUGAGUCAGACCAGUUUUUGAUGGAUCCAGUUGGUUUUGCAACUGAGUACGCAAAAAAUUGGUCUUUACCUAGUCACAUUGUACUAUUUGACUCCCAGGAAAAACAACUAAAAGAGUUUCUAGUUUCGCAUAAUUUCCAUGAGAUAAAGAGGUUCUUUCAUGCUCACUUCAAGGUUGAUCGAGAGUUACAGGCAUCAGUUACUGUUUAUGCUUACCAAGGCCAGUGAUUCUGCACAAAUAUAUAGACUUUUCAAUUCAAUUCUCGUUCAUUGUCAAGUUCUGUCAUUAUGAUCAAGAGCUUUUUUGGGGUUAUGUAUGGCUUUCAUUUAUUUUUGAAUAUUUAAUCUUGAUGAUUUUAGAGUUGGAGGUGCAAGUUCUCUCUUUUAAUGUAUGAUUUGGAACAAUUGGUCUAGAUCUCAGUUGAAGAUAUUGUGAUGGCCAAUUGGUGCUGUACACAUACUGGUCAGAAUUCAUUGAGCAUUUUUAUUCUCUGAAAGAGUGAACUUGAUUGUUUUCCGAAAAAAGGAUUAGUUCUCAUGCAAAUUUCAUGCAUUGUACAAUAUUUUAGUAGAUAAAGAUUCUUUUU